AUGGAACAGCGGAAGAUCCCGGCAUCCUGUCCGCUGGCGAUGGAGGCAGCAAGUAAAGUGACUCCGCAGAAGCUGGCAGAGCUGCUCACGUUGAAGGGACCCAUGGCGAUCAGGUACAUCAACAAAGAACUGUGCGGGGAGAUUCUCGGGUUUCAAAGUUUGUCGACGUCGAAACAGAGAAGACUCAUCAUACAUGCGCUGGAGACCGGGUUGUGUGCUGAGGGGCUCGUGUUUGAGAAGAUCGGAUGGGGUCAGUGGACAGUUCGGAAAGUAUGUGUAACAUCGGAGGAAGGGUUUGACCCACCACAAGAACAAGUCACGACGGAUACUGUAGUUGAGUGUGCGGACAAUGAGGGGAGGAGGAAGAGGUGUUCUAUCACGGUGGCUUUGCAUGAACCUAUAUGGAGGAGACGCAAGAUUUUGAUGAACAAAUCGUGUAACACGGCGGCCACUCAGAAGCCUAACAAGAUUCAAAAGGACGAUAUAUCCACACAGAAACACAGUACGCAGUUUGGUGUUAUCGGGAGCAAAAUUGCAAAGGACGUAGAAAACAGCAUAAGGGAGGUCUCUUCAAGAAGAUCAUCAUUUGGAGCCCAGAGCUCUGAGCUGAGGUCAACGCUGCUCAAUGGAACCCAGCAGAGUGACUGUUCAUCUUGUUCUAAAGAAACGCGGGGAAGUACAGGCAGAAGAGUAUCAUACCAGGGUGAAGAUAUACUUCUCCAAAGUCCUACUGGAAGUUCUGAUGUAUUUUCCUCUCAAGGAAGGAGCCCCGCAAUAACACCGGACGAAUCGUCAUCCCCGAGAUACAAUCCUUGUGUUGCUCUGACUUCAGAACACGUCUCAAAACUGACGUUGGAUUCGGACGACAACAACAGUGUCGCAUAUUUAUUGGCAAAUUUGAAGUCAUUGGCACAUUGA